AUGCCGGCCAGAGUGUCCAUCAUCGGGGCUGGGCCUGCUGGAUUCGCCCUCGCCGCCGACCUUCAAAACCACGGCAAAGAUGUGUUGGUGUACUCGCACCCGACGCAUCAACAGCACGCGAACAAAGUCAAGGACAGGGGCAGCCUGAGAGCCCGUGGUGCCAUGGAAGGCUUCGUACACCUCGAACUCACGUCGGAUAUGGGGGAGGCCGUUGCAUUUUCCAACCUUCUCGUUCUCACCGUUCCCUCCACCGGCCAAGAGACGGUCCUCCAUAAACUCAAGAAGUUCUCCCUCCACCUCCACACCAUCAUCGCCAUACCGGGCAACCUGUUCUCUCUCAUCGCCGCCGAGUUGGACGUCGGCUGCAUAUUCGAGACCAACCUGUCGCCGUACUCAUGCCGGAUGGACAAAGACGGUCUGACCGUCCUGGGGAGGAAAAACCUCAUCUACAUCGCCCCGUUCGUUCAGCGAGGUCGACGCCCGCACCCCUCCGCCUACGCGGCCAUCCAAGACAUCUUCUCGAUGGAGCUCCGAUGGUGCAGCAGCAUCCUCGAGGUCUGCCUGUCCAACGUCAACGGCGUGUUCCACCCGCUCAUGAUGCUGCUCAACGCAGGGCGCAUCGAGAGCACCGCGGGCGACUUCCUCCUCUACCGCGACGGGCUGACGCCCUCGGUCGCCAACGCCAUGCUCGCCAUCGACCGCGUGCGCAUCAAGAUCGGCGAGGCGCUCGGCCUGCAGCUGAAGAGCGCCGUCGAGGUCUCCAACGAGUGCUACGGGCAGGGCUUUGCCGACUUUGUGGACCUGGCGAGGAACUCGCCGCCGCACAACAAGCUCAGGGCGCCGUCUACGCUCGACAACAGGAACAUCUCCGAGGAUGUGCCGGACUUGUUGGUGUGCUGGUGCACCUUGGCAAAAAAACUGGGCGUUGAUGCCUCGCCGAUCAAGGCCGUUAUCGUUCUCGUUGAGAUGGCCACCGGCGUCGAUUACAUGGAGACGGGGAGGAACUUGCGCAGGCUGAACUUGGACACUCUUUCACAGGCUGAACUGAUUGCGAGAUUCAGCCCUGAUGAGCCUUCUCGGACUGUGGCGAACGUGGUGGCGGGGGAGAUGAUACCCAGCCGGUUGUGA